AUGGAUUACAAGGCAGCGCUGGUAAACGGAAUGGAGGAAGAUCACACGGACCUUUCCAAGGACCUUUCCAAUUCCCAUUUCCAUUCAGAUGGCGUCACCAGCUAUAUCCAGGCAGUCCCAGUGACGGUCCAGCGAAAACCGUUUCUUCAGCCAGACGACGACGUGAAGCUGCCGCAUACCGGAACCGCGAGAGCAAAUGUAGCCGCGACAUAUGAGCAGCCACAAGGCUCACAGGCUGGCAAUUGGGCAAAGGAGCACCAGAACCAGACGGUCCUGCAGCAGCACUGUGAUUACUUUGAUCAACAGGACAAAGACGGCAUCAUCUGGCCUCUGGACACAUUCAGAGGCUUGCGCGGCCUAGGCUGGAACCUCCUCCUCUCCCUCUUCGCCACCGUCAUCAUCCACCUCCCCUUCUCCUACCCGACCGUCUCCGGCCUCCUCCCCGACCCCUUCUUCCGCAUCUACCUCAAGAACAUCCACAAGACCAAGCACGGCAGCGACACCGGGACGUACGACAGCGAGGGUCGCUUCGUGCCCCAAAAGUUUGAGGAUAUGUUCUCCAAGUACGCCGCUGACAAGGACUUUGUCACCGUGCGGGACGUUUGGAGUCUGCUCAAGGGGCAGAGGGUGGUGGCCGAUCCGUUUGGCACGACGGCGGCAGCGCUUGAGUGGCUCGCGACGUAUAUCCUUCUCUGGCCGGAGGAUGGACGUAUGAAGAAGGAGGAGAUUCGGAAGCUCUACGAUGGAAGUCUCUUCUUCGAGAUUGCAAAGCAGAAGAAGCACGCGGGCAAGCGAUAA